GGAAAUUACGUGCUGGCCAGGAAUUUUGCAAGUUAUGUGCAGUUUUACGUGACCCUCAUCGAAAGACUCGUGAGUCGACAAUGGACAUCGAAUCGCGGCACAGCGAGCUGCGGCAGCGGUUGGAUCAUCUCGGGUUUGGCCAUCCUUUACCGCUGAGCGCGAUCGGAAUCGUAUCGGCGAUCCUGGACGAUCUCAUCCAGACGGCCGAAAAACUGAAAUCCGCAAACCAGCAGAUCGAACAGCUCUACCAGGAGAAAGCCGCCUGGGAGCUGGGUGUGGAGCCGUACAAGUGCGACAACUCGCGACUACUAGCCGAAUGCAACGAACUGCACCUGGAGUUGAUCAAGCAGCAGGACAAACACAUCCUGGCGAACACGGAACUGCGAUCACGGGUGCGAUCGCUGCAGGCGGAAAAGAAACUGCUGGAGGAGAAAUGCCUGCAGGCCGAGGGCAAGGUGCGUGAGCUGCAGGCAAACGGUGGUCCUGGCAGCAGCAGUGACUGUGCCAAAUCGCGCAAAGACACCGUCAACAAGCAAAGGAAACCGUUCAUUUCGACGGUGCGUGGCGGUGGUUCGUAUCCUGCCACGUCGUGCUGCGAACCGCAGCAGAAGUCGGCGCCCUCAGGCAUGGGUGAAAUGCGGUGCCGGUGUCCGUGCAAUCAAGUGAAGCAAGUGGACGCAGUGCACGAGGUGGAACGGUUGAAGGUGGAAACACAAAAUCAGCAGGGAGUCAUCGAUGCGCUUCAGAAACAGAUUGAUUUUCGUGAUCGAGAAAUCCAUCGUCUAGGUGCACUCUUUUCUGGUGGUCGGCCAGCGGAAGCCCUGGCAAAAGACUGCUGCUACCGUGGUGUGGAUGUACUCGGUCAGGAUGUGGACACCUUGCAGCAGGAGAAGCUUUCUCUCCAGCGGAAGCUCGACGAAACACAAAUGGCACACGAGCGAACGAGCCGGAAGUUGGGGAAGAUGUCAGAAAAGAACCAACAACUGGAGAAAGAACUGCGCGAAAUGGAGAACGUUGCACUGAAAGUGGAAUCGGAAGCGAAUCUAAACAUUCUUGAGCAAAGCCGGCAGAAUUCGGAUUUGCAAGCUAAACUACAGCAGUGGCAAAUGCGGGUGAAGGAGUUAGAAUCUUUGCUGGAAUUGUGUUCAGGAACGAGCAGGAUACAGCUGCAAACUGACAGUUCGGCCACUUCAUCCUCGUGUCCGAGUGCUGCUCCUCUAGACACGGCACUGCAAAAUGCACUCAAGCAGGCAACGGAGGAAAAGCGUCAGCUGUACAAACAGUUGAACGAGCUGAAGGAUCGUGAGCAUAACCUAAGGAGUGAUCACGAAAAGGUGAAGGCUAAAUACACGAAACUAAAACAAAAGUACUCCAUUCUGGAAGCUUCACAGUCUCGAACAAAUGUGAUAACCGACAUUGAAAGCCAGGCGGAGCUGCGUUCGCUCAAGGAUCAGUGUGACGAACUAGAGGUGAAGUUUCGGAAGGUAAAAGAGGAACGUGAUCGCUAUAGUUCGGAGUCGGAGCGACAGCACCGGUUAGUGAAAGAAUUGAAGCGCGAAAGCUCGAACAAGGAGCUAGAACUUACGCAGCUAAAAAGCGAACUGCAGCUGCAACGCAAAUUGACGAAAUCCGCAACAACUAACGUCGCUCUGGGUACCGGCAGAAUAAAGACGGGCGAUUCAAUAGCUUCUGGUCAAUCCUCUCUGUCGAUCCAGGCGGCCAUUCAUCGUAUCGAGCGCGAGCGUGACGAGUCCAAGUGUGAGGUUCAGCGGCUUGAGCAGGAGCGGGAUGCGUUACGGGAUAAGUUGAAGCUUUCGACCCGCAGCCAGAGAGAGGAAAUGGCGAAGCAUGAAAACUUUAUCCUAGGGUAUAGUGCACAGGUAGCCAAACUGGAAGGCGAAAAGCGUGAUCUGCUGUUAAGCAAGUCAUCCUCCCAAACGAAAUUGCAGCUCAUGAAAGAGGAAAACCGAGAACUGCAAGAUCGAUUGAAAGAGCAAGAGGAUAGCUAUCAUAAGCUAAAGGUGUCCUACUCGCAGCUAAAGAUACUGCAAGAGCAAACUGAACGCUCGCUCACUCAGCAUCAGAAUCGGUUAAUGUCUUCCGAGACUCAACUAGGUACAACGGAAGCAAAACUGCACCGGGUGGACAGCGCGGUCGAAGAUGUGCAGAAGGAGCUGGGUAACUUGCGCGGAGAAAUCAGCGUUUUGAAGGCCUCCAAUGUAGCACUCGAGCGCGAAAAGGAUCAACUGUUGAUCGAGUUGGAUAAGAAAACGGAAAAGUUAUUCGCUGUUGAGGCAGAACUGGCGUCCUUGAAAGCAAAGCGAAACGAACUGCAGUCGACGAUUGACAGAAUGCAGCACAAACUUGAGAAUGUUAGCACGGACAACAUCCAGAAGGAAAGCACUCUACGAAGCUUUUCCACCGAAACGGAUACACUGAAGAAACAGCUGGCAAACCUGAAGCGCAGCAACGACAACGCUUCGACGGAGAAUGGCCGACUUACGAACGACUUGACGGAUGCACUCGGCGAGCUAACACUAACGAAACGGAAGCUUAAGGACUCACAACAGGAGGUUGAAGGCAUGAAGUCGCAAUUACGUGAAUAUGUCCAAGAAAUUCGACGUGCCGAAGAGUUGCUAUUAGCGAAGGAGCGAGAACGAGAAGAUAUUCUGAAGCAGUACAAAUCCCUUUCCGAGGGUGCCAACACACUAGAGGCUAGCAAUCAAACGCUGGAAAUGGAGAGCAUGGAAGCCAAAAAAUUACUCCAGGAAGCGGAAGAUCGCAUUAGCGGGCUAGAGGAGCUGGUGACGAUUCGCGAGCAGGACAUUACGGAGUGCGAGCGGCAGAUAAACGAGCUGUCGGCCCAACUGGCGGUGGCCGAGUCCGAGCUCGAGGCGCUACGAGACAAUAACCAUGCGCUGUUGCUGGACUUGGAAGCAACGAAGGAGCUGUGCAGCAAGUUGGACCUGCAAAAGGACAAGCUGAGUGAGGAGCUGCAGGAACAUUCCAACAUCCGUGAGCAGUUAGCCCGGGAAAAGGAAACGCUGCAGAAAGAGCUUUCGCUUGCUCGCACCGGCGAUCGGGCUGCGGUUAAUGGGUUGCAGGAGCUGCUAGCGGCCAGUAGGGCCGAGGUGGAACAGCAGCGAAUAGUAUUGGCGCAGCGUGAACAGGAGCGCGAUAAGCUGGUGACUGAAACGGAUGCAUUGCGGGCAAGGUUGGCGGAACAGCAAGAGGUCGUUCGGCGCAGCGAGGCACUCGCCAGCGAAUACAGUGUACAGCUGCAAGAGCUUCGACGCAAGCUAACAGAUGAACGGUUUGCUCUCAUUCGCUCCAGGGAUGCCGACCCGUCUGAUAUUGACCCAUCCGAGGUCGACUUGGAAGAUGAUGAGCAAAACAGGUACUCCACAAUGUAACGAGGGAAUUAUAUUGGGUAGGGAUGCUGCCUAAUUAUCACUUCUAACAUUCCAUUCUCAUGUAUGUGUGUGUUUUAUUGAAAUAUUGUAACUAGAAUAAGGCGGUACUUAGAAAUAGCGAAUAAAGCGAACAAUCACGGUCAAAACCUUUCGAACCCAAAUCUAGUGCGACAGAAAAGCCCGAACGUGUCGAAGUAUAAUCCAAAUUCAAAAUCUGUUCCGAAGGCAACGCAAUCACAUACCGCAAAGCGAAGAAGGACAUUUGAGCUUCACCACAGAAGCACACAAAAGUCAGGUAUACUUCCCGUUUUGUGCG